UUAUUGAGAAAGACGGAUUGAGUGGUGAGUCUCAUAAAUAUUUAAUCUGGAAAAUCUGAUGCCUUAAUUAUUGCCAUUUGGUAUCCAGACAAAUUUGUUCUUCUCUUUCCCCUUCUUAUACUCAAAUUCUGCUGCUCUUCAAUCAAUCGGAUAAUUUUCAUCCUUCUGUUGAUUUUCUCUCUACUCUUUGUUUUCGGUUUGUUUGGCUCUGUUUUUCUUUUCCUUUCCGGGAAAGUUGAUUCCUUUUGUUUGCGGUUAAGAAAUCGCUUCUGGGAUUUUAGGCUGACGAAAAACCAUUUCAGUUCUUUUUUUCCCAGAAAACAUGGGUUUCUGUUGAAAAGGUAAAGUGGGGUUUCUUGUGCUCUGCUUCAAAACUUUCUCUCUGUUUUUUUUUUUUUUUUUCCUUUUUCUUUUCAGUAAUUUCGUGAAUGAUUUAACUUGAAGGGUUCAUAGAUUGAGAGAGGUGUUUUCGUCAAUGUUGAUCAAAGCAGAGUUGGCUUGAGUUUUCUUAAAGGUUAAAACAAAAACCUCAGUAUUUAUUGUGUCUUUGAGUAUUAAAAACUUCAUUUUCUGUUUCUUUUGACUGUAAAUUUUCCGAGAAAGUGUAUUCUCGGAGGUGGGUUUUUUCAAAGUGCUGAAAUUUGGGCAACAAUGCGAAAUAUGGGUUAUUUUUUUCUCUGUAUAACACCCGAGUUUUUUCAGAAAUAGAAUUUCUUUUUUUUUUUUUUUACUUUUUAUUUUCGUUUCCUUAAAUUUAGGUGUCCAAACGUCAGAGUAUAGAAUUCUUGUGCAGAUAGAUUUUUUAUCUCUCUGCCUCAAAAAAAGGCAAUCAAAUCCCGAUUCUCUCUCUUUGUAUUUUCUAUUUCUCUCAAUCUUCUUCUUCUUCUUCUUCUUCUUUCCUCCUCUGUUUCUCUCCUCUGUUUUCGUGUCUCCACUUUCCCUGUUUGGGUAGAGAGAAACAGAACCCAGAAUUCUCUCUCUCUCUCUCUCUCUCUUCUCUCUCUUCUCUCUGUCUAUCUCGUUCCGUCAAUCAUGAUUCUUGACAAAGGGUCAACGCGAUCGAACCUGGACUGCUUUCUCCAUCGCACAACUCCACUAGUCCCCUCCCAUCUCCUCCCCAAGAACGAGAUUAGGAACUUAAACCGUUUAUGGCACCCAUGGGAGAGAGAAAAGGUUGAAUUUUUCACAUUGAGUGAUCUCUGGAAUUGCUACGAUGAAUGGAGCGCUUAUGGGGCUGGUGUCCCCGUUGUUCUAAACAACGCCGAGACCUUAGUUCAGUACUAUGUCCCUUAUCUUUCUGCAAUCCAGAUUUUCACCAGUAAUUCUUCCAUGAAUGGCUUGAGAGAAGAGUUGGAAUCCGGCCAUGGGGAGAUUAGGGAUUCUUUUAGUGAUUCAUGUAGUGAUGAGAGCGAGAGUGAUAAGUUGUGGAGAUGGGAUGCAUGUUCGUCAGAGGAAGGAGGAUCCGAACAAGAUAGCCUUUGGCAUCUCAAUGAUAGAUUAGGUUACCUAUAUUUUCAGUAUUUUGAGAGAUCAACUCCUUAUGGAAGAGUUCCUCUCAUGGAUAAGAUUAACGAGUUAGCUCGAAGAUAUCCGGGUUUGAUGUCAUUGAGGAGCGUAGAUCUUUCUCCGGCUAGCUGGAUGGCGGUUGCCUGGUACCCGAUUUAUCAUAUUCCAAUGGGGAGGACCAUUAAGGAUUUGUCCACAUGCUUCCUCACUUACCACACCCUUUCGUCUUCUUUUCAAGAUAUGGACCUUGAAGCUGAUGUUGAAGGUGCCGAUAUGAAGAGAAAGGAAGGGGAAGGCAUCUCUCUUCCUCCUUUCGGUUUGGCCACUUACAAGAUGCAAGGCAACGUGUGGGUCUCGGGUAAUUAUGGUCGAGACCAAGAGAAGCUGGUGUCACUUUUGAGUGUUGCAGAUUCGUGGCUAAAGCAACUAAAAGUCCAGCACCACGAUUUCAACUACUUCACAGGGAUUCGGCGUGGCUAAAAACCAACUACUUUUGUUAAUAUAUACUCUUUUUAACCUGUGACGAAUGAAAGGGAUUAUCACUAUAGAUCCUCUUUUACAAGUUUGUGCUUGGGAGUGAUGAUGAUGAGUACUGAGGAUUCUAGUUGAUUUUCUUGUUGAUGAGCUUCUGUGUAAGCUUCUUUUAGGGCUGACUGAUACUGAGUGGUUUUCUUCGGAGGUCGAGUCGUCUUGAUUCCCCGUUUUCCGCUGCUGUUUACACAGUUAAUGUGAUUUUUUUUUUCUUUUUCUUGUGAAGAGAUGGUGAGAGAGAUAGAACCAAGAAAAAAAAAAAAAAAGAAAAAAGAUUCAAACUUUAUGUGGAUUCUGCGACACAUUUUCUUGGCAAUAUAUAAAUGGAGAGCCUUCGCACAUGA